UUAGCCAUGGUGGACUUUAUACAAAAAUAUAUUUAUAUUAUUAACCAAUCAGAUCCACCAUUCAUCAUUCAUGUCCGUCCGUCUGAAUGUCUGUUCGCCUAUAUGAACGCAACGAUUUCAUAGACCAAAACACUAGAGUCUUGACAUUAAAUAAUAAUCUUCUUAUAGGAAAUUCGAUAAGUCUUAGAAUCGAUAAAAAUCGAUACUUUGAUUUCAAUGAAUGUUCUGAAUGUUCGCUUUAAGAGCAUUAGAGCUGGAGACUUUAUUGUACAGGGUCCUCCCUUAUUUUGUAUAUUUCUGGGGCUGGCUGGCUUUUAACUUCUCAAACAAAUUCAAAUACUAGAGACUUGUUGACAGCAUCAGGGUUCAGGGUCACUCCUACUUGGGCAGUUACGGCUAGAACAAUCUUGUUACAUCUUUCAUUUUGCUGUCCCACUGUAAAUUGUCUUUCUCUCAGUAUGUGCCUGAUGCCGAAUGGCAUGAAAUACGCAUGCAUCACAUUCUCUUGUGUGAGCUCAUGGAUUUGGUUGAGGCUAAUAUGUCGAAUAUCGUUUUGAUCUCCUGCUUGAGCAACAUCUACUUUAUAUGCAAUAAGCUGCUGACCAUAUUUACUAAGCUCCAUUACCCCAUCAACUAUGCCUACUACUGGUACAGUUUGCUCUAUUUGCUGAGUCGCACCUGCGCCGUGUUCAUCUGCGCCUCCAAAAUUAACGAAGCUUCGUUGCUGCCUCUGAGGGCCCUUUCCAUGGUGCCAAGUGACCACUGGACCGAAGAGGUGCAGCGCUUCAGCCAUCAGCUGGGCAGUCAGUACAUAGGACUCUCCGGCUUGGGUCUGUUUCAUCUGACGCGCAGGAGUCUCUUUGGUAUGAUGACGACAUUGGUCUACUACGAGUUUAUGCUAUUGCAAUUGGAUGCCAAGAACAACAAGGAUGAUCUAGCCAGUAUAUGUGGGUGAAGGCGCGCUGAUUAGAUAUGAGAUAAAGUUACACAAAACAGAAAAGAAAG